UCUUGCAGCUUUUAGCUUCGGCGCCGGGAGGCAAAUUCGACUCGUUAUUCCUCUCCUACUUUAUAAUUUAACUACAACACACUGCUCAACCUGCCUACCGGUUGAGUGUAAGGCUUCUUGUUCCUUGUAUUUCUUUCUAUUCAAUCCAAAUGUCACCUACGCCUCUUCUUUUGCUCCUCUCUGCUGUUUGCCGCCUUCACUUCCACAAUUGCACCAUCCACCUUGCUAAUAUGUAGCCCUCUCCCCUGCUCUGCACCGAACCGCUUGCAAUCUAGCGCUAAAUCUGCACCCGGCGCAUUUUUGCGUCUGCUAAAAUUAUCCUGUUUCAUGCUGACAAUUUUUAUCUGCGCUCCCGACUGCAGUUGAAGCUGACCUGCAUUAAAAUACACGCGCCCGCACCUGCUCCGACUCAGCAGGCUUCGUCUGCAACGUCCUGUGAACAAUGAACGACGCCAAUAUGGCCAACAUGUGCACCAUGAAUGGUUCCGUUGGUGAUGGCUCGCCCAUGGUGGAUAGCUGCGCAGUUGCGCCAAAGACCGCUCCGAGACAGCUUCAGGUAAAUGGCGACAACCGAACCUUGCUGAACACUUACAUUUACGACUACUUCCUCCACUACGGUAUGUUGGACUGCGCGUGCGCCAUUCUCAAUAGCGACUCCAAGGUCAAGGUCCAGAAGCAUAGCCGUGACAGUUCUCUGGGGAAGAAAGUGGGCUUGCUAGGUAAUGACCUAAGGCAUAGCUCCAUCGACCCUGGUUUGGACUCCAAUCACCCAGAGCAUGUUCCUGCUCCGAAUGUUCCCAACCUGUCGCCAGACAUCUGUUUUCUCUAUGAAUGGUUCUGCCUCUUCUGGGACAUAUUCAAUGCUCGAACGGACAAGGGUGCAAGCAGUCAAGCGAACCAUGCCCAAGAUACCCCGCUGGUGCUGUACGCUCCUGACGGGACCACCCUCAAGGCUUUCUACAACCCCGGCGAGAUGGGUUCAGGUGACAUGGCGUCCGGGACUCCUGGUGCUGAAGCUAGCAGUGGAAGCCAUCGGGCCCUGCAAGAGUAUCAGAUUCAGCUGCUGUGGAUGGAGCAACAAAAUAAGAAAGAGCUUAUAAGGACGCGGCAAGACGCGAGUGGUCUGCCUGGGAAUGACGAAGCGCCUGGUGGUCGGGUCGGUCCAGGGGCCUCGGGAGGUCCAGCUGGACCGAAUGGUCGGCCUUUCCAAGAUGUUUCUCUGCAAAGGGCAAGACCAGAAGUUUCGCAUAAUGCCGCCGACCAGAUGGAAUAUGGCACUCGACGGAUGAGCAGCACAGGCAUGGGCUCCCAUCUUCCCGAAAUUUCCCAAUCUCGGGGUUCUCCUAACUCCAUCAACUUCAUAACCAAUCAAAUAGACCCCAGCUUAGCGCCGCAUGAUUUCAACGCAGGUUCGGUCUGGAUGAGCUAG